AUGUACAGAUGCUUGAGUGUGAGGCGGACGACGUCCCCCUCCACGGCUUCCACGGUCAUGAAGGUGCCCUUCUGCACUUUGCCGCCAGCCCCGAUCAAUCGCAGUCCCGGCCAGACCCUCAUGGUCUGCGGCGCGUUCGUCGGCACCGCGCCGCAUCCGCUCGUCGAAGCGCCAGCGCUCCGAGAGCUCGUGGCACCAGCCCCCCGCCAGAUCGUGCAGAUCGUGCAGCAGCUGCAGCUCUUUGCAGACCUCCGCGCGAAGCUAUCCAAGACAGACGAGGGCAACUACGUCGUUACCACGGACCUGGGGAACGAGUUGCGGGGACUCGAGGCAGCGCUGCCCGGAGGACCUGGCGGGCAAGGUGGCCCGGGAGGGCGGCGGGUGGGGCGCCAUGUGGACGAAGCGGCGGAGGCGCACAACGCCCGCCCGCAUGCGGCGGUCACGGUGGCCCCGGAGGAUGUCGAGACGAUACCGGCCGCGAGCUUCUACCAAGAUAACGCGGCCAAAUUCAAGCACAACGAUGAGCUGACGAGGAGCCGUCAGCGGCGGUUGGAGGAGGCGGGGGCGUUCCGGGCCCCCACCAAUGCGGCGAGGAGCUUCCAGCCCCAGUACGGCCACGCCAAGGACAUGGAGUCCUACGAUUCGAUGACGGCGCGGGCCACGGACGGCUCGGAGACGCUGUUGAAGCAUGCGCUCCCGGUGCCCCGCGGAUCCGCGGAGCCUACGGCGCGGCUGACUCGCCGAGCGGAACCUUUAGCGGCGCGGCAGCUGCGGGACUUCAAUCCCGGACCCACGGCGCCGCCGUGA